AUGGAUCGAUUAAUGUGAGUUCUAGCCAUUCAUUUAGCAAUUCUUUUCAUUUUAUGGUAGUACUCCGUCGAUAUUAUAGUAGUUGAAUUGAAAUUAGACUCAUUUUGAAGUGUUUUGAAGGUCAUUUCACUUUCUUUUAACCACCAUUAUAUAGUGGAUAGUAAGAUCAUAAUAGCGGGAAAACAAGUCGACGAAAGAGUAAUCGCUACUAGUUACUUUGACGGUGUAAAAACAAUUCUACUUUGACUACCUACAAAGUAAAAUGGUUUUUAAAUUGCGGUGAUCACUGUCUUUCACAGUUCGGUCAACUCAAUUAGCCUAGUCCUAGUCGUGUCAUUGGCAAUAGUUAAAUAAUGAAAAAAAACACUAUUUCAUUUUUUUAAAUUUAUUUUUGAACUUGAAAAUUUCGUUUUAAAGUUGAAAAACAUGGUUCUUUGAAGCAUUUUGUCACAAAACCCAUCGUGUAGUAAAAACUGCCGAUUAUAGAGUUUUUCAAUCCCAGAAAGCCAAGAUUAACCUAUUUUUAAAAGCCUUAAUCUUCCGAUUUUAUGAAAAGUAACGAUAAAACAUAUAUGAGCUAAAAUAGUAUAUAGUGAAAACAUUAAAACACAUGUAUAAUAUAAAACUGCAGGGCUCAGUUAAACUUGUAUGGCUAUAUUUACAAGGAAAGCACAUAACCUGUUUUAUUCAGAAUAACUUUUUAAAAAAAUUUUAAGUCAAUCUCAGCGGGGAAGGUCGGGCACCUUCAAUUUUUAGGAAAACUUUUCUAUCUAUGACAAUAUAUAAUAGGUUAAAGAAACAGUGUUUAGAUAAAAUUUUAACCCCCCCCCACCCAAUUUAAAAAAAAUAUAUUGUAAAAAGAGCCAAGUAUAAUAUAACCUCUAAUCAGUUCUCCUAACUACAGCUUUUAAGCUUUCAAAAAAAGCUUUACAUUAACAAAACAACUUUUUCAGACCCAAACUAAUGCUACUAUUCCUACUAGUAGUCGUCUGUUCGGCCAUAACAUCUCCUGAACCUACAACAUUAAGACACAACGCCCCAAAUCCUCGGUUCUUUCGAUCGGUAACCCCAAUCACCAUGCUCGACCACAAAACCACCAACGUAUUACAACGACCGCUCACUGUAACCCAUCCUCUUCCACUGUAA